AUGUCUCCUGCGUCGCGAUCCAAGUCUAAAGACAAAAAAGCUAGCAAGGAAGCUCAGAAAGCUUCAGCGAAGUCCACAGGAUCUGGUAGUGCAGCGUCUGGUAUUCCAGCGAGUGGAUACAAUCCAUUAUUAGGAACAUUCCAUUCUCUGGACAUUUCAGUGGCACCCUCCACCUCACCAAUACAUUCUAAUGGUCGUUUUCGGAACAUAGACGAGACAGAUGAACACCCUGGCAGCUCGGUGGUAGCCGGUGUUGAAUAUGAUUCUGUUUCUAACAAUGGUAGUUGGUCUGGUGAGUCUGAAGACCAUAAAGAAAAAACUUCUAAUCCCCCUGUUCGUUUGGAAGCAGUUCCUGGAGCUGAUAAUGAUAAGCGAGAGAAAAUCCGCCAAAAGAAUGAGAGAAAACAUCAAAGGCAGAAGGAAAGACGGGCACAGGAGCUGCGUGAGCGGUGCAGAGGAUAUCUUAUGUCAAGGAAACUUGAGACACUUGCUCAACAGUUUGUGGCUAUGGGAUUUUCUCAGGAACGGGCAACAAUGGCACUGGUAUUGAAUGAAGGUAGGGUGGAGGAAUCAGUAGCAUGGCUAUUUGAAAGUGGUGAAGAAGAUGGUCAAAAUGAUAAAACCAUGGGUAGGGGGGGCAAUUUGAAAAUUGACAUAUCAGAAGAGCUUGCUAGGAUUGCCGACAUGGAAAUUAGGUAUGGUUGCUCAAAACAGGAGGUUGAAAGAGUCAUUGUUUCCUGUGAGGGUGAUCUUGAAAAGGCUGCAGAGAUCUUGAGAGAAACCAAACAUGAUCCCCCAUCUGCUCCUCCAAAGCCAGAGGAAACUGGUGAUCCUUCUAUCAUCAACAAUGGUAAGCAGUCAGGAGUUUCUAGUCAGAACCCAAGGUCACAAACCAAACCCGUUCCUUCUCCGAACCAACACAAAACAGAUGACAAAGAUUUUAACUAUACAAAAGCAGCAAUAACGAAUGGAGUAUCCUCAGAUUCCAGUAAUAAAAAUAUGCAACCUCUAAAGAGAAUGCCACCCAAGUCUGAUUGGGUAAAGCCACAACAGACCACUAUACCAACUGACAAAAGGUGGUCUGGUGCAGGAUCUAAUCCUUCUGUUUCUUAUACAUUGACAUCACCGUUGCAAGUGUCACCGCCACCUGCUAAGACUGAUGCUCGUUUUGUGUCUGUUGGAGGUGAUUAUAAGAAUCUUCAACCUGGAGUAGCCAAAGAACCCAUAGUUGUAAUGCAGCGGCCCCAAACUGUUAAUGCAAAGCAGAUACCAGCGGCAAGCAUGAGUUCAUCGCCUCCUGGAAUAUCUGCGAGUUGGUAUCAAUCGAAUAGUGUAGAAGCUAUGAGGUCUAAUAUGUUUUUACCCCAAGCUCCUAGUACUAGAAGCCCUAGUCCAAACUAUCGAGGUUCUAAUCAAAUGUACCACCAACUUCCAUAUCAACCUCAACAACUGUUUGCUGCUGGCAGCAGCAAUUCAGUAGAUCCUCAAGCAGCCAACCGAGGCAAUAGCAAUUGGAAUAGAGCGGGUCCGUCUCAAGCAAUUGCUGCUGCAUCUUCACUUGGUCUCUUUUCAGGGAAAGGUUCAGCAGCAACGUCUGGGGCAUCUUCUCCCGUAGACUGGAGCACUGGUGGGUCCAUGCAGUUUGAUUAUACAAGCAUAGAUUGGUCUUUGGAUAGAGGUUUAUCUUCACCAAAGUCAAAUACUUUAUUGUUGGGGCUUUCACCUUUUACAAAGACUAGGGCUCAAAUGCAUGAUUCUAAUGCUUCUGGAGUAGUUGCUCUACAACAGACAAUGAGACCCUUGACCUCAAAUGGGAGCAAUAUCACCGCACCCGGAUUGCAAGAUGGUGGAGCAGCUGCUGGUGAAAGUUCUACUGCAGGUUCCCGGGAGUGGAGUUCUCCUUUUGAAGGGAAAGAUCUUUUUAGUUUACCGAGACAGUUUGUUUCUUCUCCAUCUCGGUAA